AUGGAGAGCCAAAGGCCACGGGGGGCCAAGGCCAUGGGGAGCCAAAGGCCACGGGGAGCCAAGGCCAUGGGGAGCCAAGGCCAUGGGGAGCCAAGGCCACGGGGAGCCAAGGCCAUGGGGAGCCAAGGCCACGGGGAGCCAAGGCCAUGGGGAGCCAAGGCCACGGGGAGCCAAGGCCACGGGGAGCCAAGGCCAUGGGGAGCCAAGGCCACGGGGAGCCAAGGCCACGGGGAGCCAAGGCCAUGGGGAGCCAAGGCCACGGGGAGCCAAGGGCCACGGGGAGCCAAGGCCAAGGGGGAGCCAAGGGCCACGGGGAGCCAAGGGCCACGGGGAGCCAAGGGCCACGGGGAGCCAAGGGCCACGGGGAGCCAAGGGCCACGGGGAGCCAAGGGCCAUGGGGAGCCAAGAGCCACGGGGAGCCAAGGGCCACGGGGAGCCAAGGGCCACGGGGAGCCAAGGGCCACGGGGAGCCAAGGGCCACGGGGAGCCAAGGGCCACGGGGAGCCACGCCCGCCUCGAAAGAAAAUCGGCGCCGCCUAUUGGCUGAGAAACCGGACCUUGCCUUGCCGCCGCCAAUACGAAUGGUAA